AUGUCUUACGGCCAAUCACUUUGACUCGCCGCUGCCCCCCGCCCGCACCCUCCUCAACUUCGAUUUCUGCCCCGACCGAACGACUCGAUCAGCUGGACUGACCCUUUUUUAACCCACUACUUCUACCUACUUGGCGUUCCGUUCGACAUCGUAUCGACAACAAUCCGACACAAUGUAUCAGGUCCCCUACCAAGCUCAGCAACCCGUUUACGGGACACAUCCCAACGCUCCGGCAUAUUCUCCAUUCCCUCUAGAGACACCGAGUUCGGCACCAAGCUCGACACCCUCGCUCUACCUCUCUUCUGGUUAUUCCUCUACGUCUACAAACCCCCUCUCGGCUCCUGUCACGCCAAGCAUCGCUCCGCAUAAUACGUGGAGUCUUGAGCAGCAACAACAAGCUCCACCGCUGGAAUCACCAUAUCAGUCCUAUCAACUUGGGAGCCCCGUACAGCCGGUCAAGACAAGUAGCAUGCUACAGUUGAUCUCAUUUUCGCCCAAGGACGGGGAGGAAGGGACCCAGGUUGAGAUCGUGGUCAACGCCAUGUUUCCCUUCCAACCAGUCCCGAAUCACCAGACGGGCCCACCGCCACCCAAGACCUUGCGUAUCCUCUUUGCUCAAAUGCCGGUACCGACCAAGGUCACAAAUAUCGUACCCGUCACCGACAUGGAAGGAAACGAGACGUUCGACGGCUUGACGCUGUACGCGGACGCUCCUGACCCGAUAACGACCGGAUUGAUGCCUCUCGGGGUGAAUGGCCAGUUCGAGCCGUUCUCGGUGACAGUAUGCGCACAGGUGUUAGGGUCAGAUAACAGGAUCUUAGAGACCAAGACUAUGGGGCGGUUUACAUAUGUGCGCGGCGGUGGCGUGAUACCGGAUCAACAGUCGGCCGCUUUUGCCUCGCCGUACGGGCAGGCUUCGCGACUGCUUAGAACGCCAAUCGACCAUCUCACACCGAGUCGGAUGUCACCCGGCCUUGGACCACCGAGCGCAACGCUCAUGAGACGCGGACGCUCGGAAAAUGGUCAUCUUGCUGGACAGUCUCCAGAUAACUUUGGGAAUUCGUAUCGACCCGAUUACCCGACACGAUAUACCAUGGCACCAGGACUCCCGCCUGGAGGUAGUCCUGCUUACUCGACCGGUUUCGCAAGCCCAAGCACCCUUAAUACCCCCCGCGAUUGGCAGCCCCAGACGCCAAAUGACCCUGGCCGAAACGCAUAUGGUGGACCGCCACCACCUCAGCCUUCUCCAUUACAGCAAUCGUCCUACGAUACGCAAGCGUCCGCGUCGUCUUCGCCUGCGCCUGGAACUGUACCGGGUAGUUCGCAGCCGAGUCUGAUGAGAACGAGUCAGCUAGCAGGAGGACAGGCAACAAUGAAUACCUACGUCAUUUCCAAUACCAAGGCGUCAUUGCAAUUACAACAGGACCUGAACCUGAUGGCUGUCGGAUGGAAUCAAGAGGAAUGGCAUGCCAAGCGGAGGUUGGUACAAUUCUGGCGUCGUCAGGAGGGAUCCAUCAUCCAUGCAGCUUUCCGCGCCAUAUCUCAGGCCGAGUACAUACCCAACAGCAUCGUCAUCUCGUGCAUAUACCGGGAAGACAAGAACGAAUGCUUCGUCACAUCUGUAGACGGUAUCUACCUGCUGGAAGCCUUGGUCGGCGUCCGUUUCUCGGUCGAGGAGAAGAACAGGAUCCGUCGGAACCUUGAAGGUUUCCGACCGAUCACGGUUUCGAAAAACAAGCAGGGUGCAGAAGACUUUUUCAAGCUAGUCAUGAGCUUUCCAAACCCAAAACCUCGAAACAUCGAGAAGGAUGUAAAAGUUUUCCCUUGGAAGAUAUUCGGAACGGCUUUGAAGAAGAUUAUCGGCAAAUACUCUGCCAACUAUGCCUUGCCGCCCAAUGGCAAUAUGGCGCCACCUCAACUUCCCGUCCUCACUCGACAUCCGUCCCCUCCGGUCGAACCCUACACCAUCCCCGCUCCCUUGAUGCCGGCACCUGUGCAACAUGACUCCUUGCCGGUACACUUCCCAUCAUACCCAAUGAGCCGAUCCGUUCCGCCUCCGGAUAAGCCAAUGUAUCAUGUCCAGGUGGGACCGGACGAUACGUAUUAUGGAUCAGGACACCAUCCACCGCUCAACCAGGGUAUGCCACCGACACCUGCAUCAUAUCACGGCUUGUCGUCCAAUUCGAGCGGUUCGCUACCCACACUUGCGAGCAUGGGGAACCAUCCCGUUGACAUUCAGCCACCGGGCAACGAUAUACCCGGACUUCCUCGGUCUCACUCGGGGGCAAUCGAUCAGUCACAACUGACCUAUCCCAGCAGUAUUCCGCCAUUUUCAAAGCAAGCGGAUGGAUUCCCGAUGGCUCCUCCCGACUUACAACCCCCUCUACGCACCAUUCCCGGCUCGAUGCAACAGGACGCGUAUCAUUGAUUGGUCGGCCAAGAUAGGCAGUCAAACACUAUCACCUGUACAAUAUCAUCAUAAUACACUUACGACAGACUAUAAAGCCAGCGACGAGGCUUGUAUUAAUCGAGCAUGCACAUAUCCCAUAUCAUCGUAUAUGUCACAAAGGUAUUCAGGAUACAUG